AUGGCACCUAAAACUGUCUUUGUCACUGGCGCGAACGGCUACAUCGGCAACGCUGUAGCGCGCGCAUUCGUUGCCGCCGGAUGGAAGACCUACGGACUCGUCCGAUCUCUGUCGGCCGCAACAGCUCUCGCCCAAGAGGAGAUCAUCCCAAUCGUCGGCGCGAUCGACGACCUAUCCGCACACGCGGAGAUCCAGGCUCACCUUCCGGCCACCGUCGAUGCGAUCGUAUCGGCAACCGAGAACCCUUUAGACUACAUGCCGCAUUACAACAACACGAUCAAGCUUCUUCGAACUCUUGGCGCCGCAAGCUCUGCCGCAGGAACUAGACCCAUCGUGAUCUUCAGCUCCGGCUGCAAGGACUACGGCAUCGGGCCCCACUACCACGGCGCCCCGAACCUCGCCCCGCACACGGAGGACUCUCCGAUCAACACAGUGCCUUUCCUCAUUAACCGUGCGACGCAUGCGAGGAAGAUCUUUGACCACAGCGAUGUCUUCGCUCCGGUCUUAGUCAGACCUACGAACGUCUACGGCCGAAGCUCAAGCUUCUACAAGGCCUUCUUCGAUGUUGCGGCCAAGGCCGCCGCUGAUGGCAAGCCCCUCUUGCUGCCCACUCCACCGAACACGAUUGUUCAUGCCCUCCAUGUCGACGAUUGCGGAGAUGCAUACGUCGCCAUAGCUUCCCACGUCAACAGAUCCGAAGUCGAAGGCCAGGUCUUCAACAUCUCUGCCCAAAAGUACGAGACUGUCGACGAGGUGUCGCAAGCUCUGGUCAAGGAGUACAACAUCACAAGAGGGCUGAAGUAUGUCGACCCUUCUGAGCUGAAGGAUGACGAAAACCCCUGGCCAAAUGGAAUUAUCAACUUCCCGCAGUGGACAGAUUCUACAAAACUUACGAACCUUACUGGCUGGAAGCACCAUCGGCCGUUGUUUUCCGAAGGGCUGCACGUGUACCGUGUUGCGUUUGAGGCGGCGAAGGCAAGUGGCCAUGAAGGUGUGAAGAGGACGAGUGGGUAUCUGGAGGCUUUGACGAAGCAGGGCUUUAAACUCCUGGAAAAUAAGUCAGCGGUUUUCGAGUCUUUCGUGGACCGCGAUCUCCUCCCUCCGGCUCUGGCCGUUUUACGUCUCCGCGAAAUCCACCAGCAGUCCUCCGAGCUACCGAGCAUUCAAGAUCUCGUCAUAUCCGCCUUCAAGUUGAAAGCCGCCGCCGAGGAAAGCACUCCUGAUUUGGUGUGGCCCACGGACAAAGCUUCAGCGUUAGCCUUGCUAGAACUCAUGGACGAGGUAGAAUGCAUUGUUACGGCAAUGCAGAACUAUCGCUACAGAGAUGACUCGUUCUGGCCCGAGACUCCGUGGCUCCACGAGCACCCCGAGCACUCGAAGCGACCCGAGGGUCUGGAUUUCACGUUGUAUGACGAGCGGACGACGAGAUUACUCCAGCACGAUAGUUUCUGGGACAAGAAAGACGAGCACAGCAUGUUCGUCCAGAAGAAGCUUGUUCUACUCUUCGAGAUCUACGUCCUGUGUUUCUGUUACGGCAGGGAAUUCCCUGAUCAUACGUUUUGA